GAAACUGUUACAUCUAAUCGUACAUUGCUCAGAAGAUAACAAGGCAUAUGAACAUGGCUGAAACUCGAGGGAAGAUCAUCACUUGCAAAGCUGCCGUGGCAUGGGGCCCGAAAGAGCCGCUUGUUAUACAAGAAGUCUGCGUUGAACCUCCUCAUAAAACGGAGGUUCGUCUCAAGAUCCUGUACUCCUCCAUCUGCCAUACUGAUCUUGGUGCUUGGACCGGAGAGAAGGAAGCUCAACGAGCAUUUCCACGGAUUCUUGGCCACGAAGCUGUCGGGGUUGUGGAGAGCGUAGGAGAAGGAGUAGAAGAUAUAAAGGAAGGAGACUACGUUAUACCGAUAUUCAAUGGAGAAUGCGGAGAAUGUGAGGUCUGCAAGCAAAAAGAUAGCAACUUGUGCGAGAAAUACCGGGUGGAUCCGAUGAAGAAAGUGAUGGUCAGCGAUGGAAACCCGAGAGGAUAAAGGAGGUCACAGGAGGUGGUGUAGAUUACAGCUUCGAAUGCACAGGAAACGUUGAUGUUCUUCGCGAAGCCUUCUUAUCAACUCGAGCUGGAUGGGGGAUCGACGGUGCUGGUGGGCGUAUACCCGACGCCGAGAACACUGCCUCUUCAUCCCAUGGAGCUUUUCGACGGCCGCACC